CGACGCCGGCAGCGAUGUUCGACGCGCGAUGUUCGAACGCGGCGAGCAAGCACAGACCAAAAACAGUUUGAAUUUCGCUUUCGAUCUGGUUGGUUGUGUUUCUUGGCUUCUCUCUGCGUGCGCCGUUCGUGGUGGGAAAAACGGAAAACAGGAGAACUUGCAAACCGAGCAAAUCGAAGAGGAACACUCCAGUUUACAAUUGUCCUGCGACUAAAAACGAAUCGGAAAUUUACACUAUCCUCUAAUCCUUUUUGUUUGCCGGCAAAAACCAGAAGCGCAAAAAAUAAACGCAGAAAGCGAAGCAAAAUGUGAAAAAUUGCCGAACAUGGCGCCGCGUGUGUGACAGAGAGCGAACGAUCGUGUGAGAGGGAGAUAGGGACGAAGCGAAGAUAAACAAUAAAAACAAUUUUUGAUACUUAACGUUCUACAACAACAAUAAACUCAGCUCAGGUACAACAACAAAACAGAAAAUUACGCAAAACACAACAGACUGCAUUGACGGGAAUUUUUCGAAGUAUUUUUGAUACACACAGCAAGGAGGUGUACGAUUUUUAAGCAAUAAGUGAAAGCAAUUACCCAUCAAGUUUAAAAUAAUACCAAUUUCGGUAGAAACCCACUCGGAAAAUCCAUCAGAAAACAAUUGUAAAGGCAACCGAAAAGUUAAAACCUAACCAGACUAAAUCGCAAAAUAACAAGCAUUUACUAUACACAAAAAAUUAAAUUCCGAAUAAAAUCAGACUUUUGUCUGCGAAAUUUCUAAAAAUUUACAAAAACAACACGAAAAUUCACGAAAACUCACUGGAUCCGCCAAACCAUCAGUUGAAAUAUAUUCUGGAAUCGGUUCAAAAAUAAAUAAAUAUAUGCCAGCAGCAUUUAUAUAGACCGCAAAUCGCACCAUAAAAUCGCGAAAAAAUCAACAAGCAAUAUUUUGAAAUUUAUAAUCGUAAAUUUAGAAUCGCAAAAUGCUGAUUCGAAAUAGAGAUUGAGGAUUCUCGAGGACAGCCAACCAAGUCUUUUCCCGCAGCGAGUGCAUAUUAAUAGGAGAAAACACAAAUUUAUGGCUCCGCGUCGCAACAGCAACAUCAGCAGCAGCGGCAACAGCACCCAGCAGCAGCACCAGCAACAGUUGCAGCAGCAGCACCAGACGCAGCAACUUCUGCAGUUCUACGCGGAGAACGCGAACUCUUCAGGCGUCCUGAUGGCGCCCAUGCAGGGAACCGGUGGCGGUGUCGUUGGUGGGGGCGUGGUCCACUGCUGCCUGCCCAGCGGAGACUGCCGCAAACUGGACACCCUGAUACCGCUCAACGAGCUCUCCCUGGCGGACUGCAUCCGCGUGCUGUGCAACAACGAGAACUGCAGCGCAGGCCAGUACAUGCACCGCGAGUGCUUCGAGUGGUGGGAGGCGAGCGUGCUGCAGGCGCUGAAGGCCAACGGUCGGGCUCGAUCCUGGUCGGAGCGGCAGCGUCUGCAGCACCUGUGGACCAAGAAGGGCUACGAGCUGGUCCAGAAGGCCUGCAGCUGCAAGUGCGGCAGGGGACAACUGCGCAAGGACCUCGACUGGGUGCCGCCGAGCAGCCAGGGCGUCAUAUACCUCAACGGGUCGGGCAACCGCGCCAAUCUGGCCAAUGGCAGCCUCAGCGAGGACGACGACAAGAAGAAGGCCAAGAAGAAGCGGAACCGCAACAACAACAACGGCGGUGGUGCUGGUAAUGGCACCGCCAAAGCCCCCUUGAGCAACAACAACGGCAACAGCUACGCCGGACUGACGCCCAAUCCCAAUGUGGGCGUCAUCGGGUCGGGUUUGCCCCACAACAACGGCAACACCACCAGCAACGGCAGCAGUGGCAACAACGGCUCCUCCGGCCUGCUGCAGCCCAGUGUGCUGUCCACUUUCAGCAACAUCCUCAAUCAGAACAAUGUCCUCGGCCUGGACCUGCGCGCCAGGGCUGGCAGCCUGUCCUCCAGUGGAGCUGGCAGUGGAUCCACCUCGCCCUCGGACUCCCGGUCCAGUGGCGAGAUCUCCGUGUCGCCGGUGCAGCAAUUGCUGCCACAGCAGCAGCAGCAGCAGCAGUCGCUGCUGAUCCAGCCUCUGGGUCCAGCUUUCGGCAGCAACCUUCUGCAAAAUGGACUGGGCUUGUCCAAGAACCUGCUGAUUGCUCCUCAGCAGCAGCAGCAGCAGCAGAACCUGCCUGCUUUGGCCAAUAUCAGCAACUUCAAGCCACUGGCCAGCUACGAGCAGCAGCAACUGGUGCAGCAGCAGAAGAACAAGGAGGUGGAACUCUAUUCCGAGCGAGUGCGCUCCACAUCUGGCUGCAAUGGGAUCUUUUCGCGUCGCCUGGACUUUUCGUCGUUCAAUUUGCUGCCAAAGACUCGUUUGAAUUCUUAUCAAGUCAAGAUUGAGGACGAGGGCAACCACGGCAACGAUGAGACGCGUCUCUUCAUCCUCUCCUCGCUGGCCCAAUCCCAGAUGAGCCGGGUGGCCUGCAUUCUGUGCGAGGAGCCGCUGCUCGUAUUCGAUCGCUAUCCACUGGUCGAUGGCUCCUUCUUCCUGAGUCCCAAGCAGCAUUCCAGCGGCUGCAUCGAGGUUAAAUACGAGGGACGCACUCUCUACUUGACCUGUGUUUGCAUGAGCUGCCUGGACGGAACCUCCAGCAGCCGCGCCAUCAACUGCAGAUUCUGCAAGGAGCCGUGGGAUGGCUCCAGCCUGGUUCUGGGCACCAUGUACGCCUACGACAUCUUUGCGGCCAUGCCCUGUUGCGCCGAGCGGUUCAAGUGCAAUAACUGCUUCAAGAUGCUAAUGCAUCCGCAGCAGCGUCUGAGCUUCUACAGUGACUACUCGCACGGAGUGACCUGUCCGUACUGCAACACGCAGGACACGCACUUCGUUAAGCCGCUGACCUUCUGCUACGCCAAGAGCACGGCGACGCGGCUGCCGACGCUCGCAUAACAUGAGGCCCCGUUGGAGUCGCCCGUGGGAACAGGUGCCACCACCACUCAGGUGCCAAACGCCCAGGGCGCUCCAACGGCCUCCGGCUGCAGCAGCAACACCAUCGCCAGCAAGCAGCCACCGAAGCAGCCGCUUUACAAUGCCGCCAUCGAUUACUCGGCACCGCUGCAGCAGCAAAUUAAUCCGGACUUGAUUGGAGCCCAUCCGCAUGCCCAGCAGCAUCAGCAGCAGGUGCGGCAGCAGCAACAGCAGCAGCAGCAGCAACCACAGCAGCAACAACAACAGCAGCAGCAGCAUCAGACACAACAGCAACAGUCACAACAACAGCAGCAGCAGCAACAUCAGCCUGUGGUCAGCACUUUUCAGCGGGGCAACUUCCCUCAGCAGUCCCAUAAAACCAUGAACAUGAUGGCCAUGGCAGAUGUGAUGAGCAAGUACCAGCAGCAGCACCAACAGCAGCAGCAACAUCGCCAGCAGCAACACAACCUGCAGCCACAGCAGCAACAUGCAACGCAGAAAGGACUCGAGGGCCUUCUACUGACCAACACAAACACAAGCAACAACAAUAGCAGCAGCAGCAGCAGUAUUAGUAACUUAAUCAUUAGCCAUAAUUCAGCCAGCAAUACAGGCAACAAAAUGCAGCCCGCUUGGGGCCAGAGUGAUGCCAUCUCGGCAUUGUGGGGCUGCUCCAGCAGCAGCAGUGGCUGCUCCUCGGGCAGUGGAUCGCAGCCCUCGUUGAGUCCGACGGCCAGCAGCAAUGGCAACGAUGGCUCCAAGAUGAUGUUGUGGGCGGCCCAAAGCUCGCCACAAAAUGCUGCAACACUCAGGGAUGGAUUCAAGGAGUCGCAGCGCCAGCAGCAGCAGCAACAGCAGCAACCACUGCAGCAGCAGGUGCCACAGCAACUGCCACAUGCAGCCUCGCCCACAGCUUCGCUGACCAGUUCCAGUUCCUCCUCGAACGGAUGGAGCGCCUCGCAUUAUGGCAAGCCCAACAUCUGGGAGCUGCCAGGAUCCGCUGGUCAAAGGACACCGGCCAGCAACCACGACAUCUUCACCGAUCUCCUGUGCAACCUGAGCAUCAGUCAGGACAACAGCAGCCAGCAGGCCAGCAAGGCCGAUGCCUCCGACGUCAGCUCGAAUUCCUCCUCGUCGGCCGGGGAACUCCUGGAGGCAGCCAAUAUCUGGAGGUUUCCAGAGUUCGCCAGUAGUCAGCUCCACAUGGAGGAGCCGAUUGGCGGCGCAGCUGCCUGCAUGCAGCUCUUCAACGACUAUCUCAACAUGAACUAAAACGAAGAAUUAGGAGCCGCAACAGCCUGCAGCAUUUGUUACUCUAGCUAAAUUGAAAAACAAAAAUUGAGGAAAAGGAGUAAGCAGGCGGAGGAGAGGCCAUAUACGAGCCACUCUCCUGAAGCGAGUGUUUUAGUUUUUAAAAUCAUUUGAUUUUUUUAUACACACACACAACACAUCUAAAACCGAGAGAAAACAAAGCAAACUAAAAACGAAUUUCUUGUUAUUUUUGUUGAGUUUUUUAGUUCUUUGUUUACACACCUACCUAAACGAAAAAAAGCAAUUUUUAGUUUUAUUUUAUAAAGCAAAUUUUUUAUACAUUUUACCAAAAAAAAAAACAAACCGAAACGUAAAACAAAAAAAAAAAAGAAAAAACGAGUAGAGAUGAAGGGACAAAAAAGAAACAUUUACAUCACGAUGGAGGGAAAAGUUUUAUUUAGCAAAAAUUGAAGGCAGGGCAUUAAAUUGUUUAAACGAAUCAUGAUAAUUGCUGUGCUGCUCAAUAACACAAAAAAUUAUUAAAAUAAAAGGAGAAGGAGUAGAGUAGGAGAGUAUAACAGGAAGAGAGAAGGGGAGAACACGAAACAUUUGCUACAAUUUAUGAAACGUAAAAUUACAAAACCUAAAUUUAAAAAACAACAUAAUCGAUAAGUUGCACAUCUUUACCUAAGCGAUUGGUAAUUAUUCCUAGUUUUAGUAAGCGAAAGGAGAACCUCUGGAACCGAUUUAGUUUCUCGCUCCAGUUCAGAAAAAAGUUCAGUUAGUCCUCAGAGUAAUUCAGUGCCCCUGCAAAUCACCCACCCACCCAUAGCAGCCAGGCGGCACAUGCAACAAGGUCACCAUCACCAACACCACCCCCUUUCAGGAGUAUUUCAAGCAGGCGACCCACACCCACGCCCCCAAACUCUUAGUUAAGUCUUCGAAGAAAAGAUAAGAAAACAAAAUAUAAAACAAAUACUUUUGGCGCAGCGUGAUCAUUAAUUAUUAAGUCUAAGUGUUAGGUUAUAGCGAUCUUCUUGUAUAUGUCUAGGGUUCUUCUCUUUGUCUAAAUAGCAGAGCAGCCGUAUGUGAUGGAUCUCUAAAGGUAGAGUGAGGACCCCGCAGGUGCGAGCAAACCACAUGCAGGCACUCACUAUCGAUAGGUUUAGUAGGUUGUAAGGUCGAUUUUUCUAAAUUUUAAAUAUGGUAUGCAAGCAAACAUCCAACAAUUUAUAGAGCGGUUCAAUGUUUCCUGUUUUGUGUUUAUUCCGUGCUUAGAAAAGUCACCAAAACCCUGGGGUAAAAGUCCUCCCCAAUCUCUCAGUCCCCCCACCCAACCCCACUCGAAAUUGUGAGUAUUUAAUCGAAUUAAAAUAAAAAUUCCCCUUUUGUGAAACUGCUUUGGCAGAUUAAACCCAACAAUCUUUCCCGUCUGUGAAAUUUUUAAUAAAAUUGAAAAUUAAAAACCAAUUGAUAUGUCCCCAUCUGUGAAAAAUUAUGCAAGGCAAUUCAAAUCUUGAGUUUUUCUUCAACAUCAAUCAACUGUGAAUGGAACUUAGGUGAUUACCUAAAUCUUAAAUAUUCUGUGAACAUUUGAAUGUAAUUGAAAGUAAAAACCUUUUGAUAUUCACCUUCUGUGAAAUGUUUAAUGAAAUUUAAAUUAAAACACCUUGAUAUUACCCUGUGAAGAGAAGUUUAGGCCAGCUAAACCUUAAACAAGAUCAGCAGAAACUGUGUUAGAUUAUCCAGCUUUGGUUCUAUUUCUUUUCCGUUUAAGAAUGUCGUGAAAUUUUUAAUAAAAUUAAAAGUAAAACCCCUUUGAUAUGUAGCCCACUGUGAGGAAAUGUUUAGGCAGCCUAAACUCAAAAUCGAUCAGCAGCAGCUGUGUUACCCCAUUCCCCGAAUCCCUCGAGUUCGUUACGAGCUCUAAAAUGUAGAUCCUGUAAGUUUCGUCAAAUCAUCUGUGAGCAGAGUGCCGUGUCUUUCCUAAACAGCAUUCCAUUUCGGAAAGAUGUAGUUGAGAAGACUCGGCACUUUUAAAGAACUUUCACUGUGAGCGUUCGAAAGGACAAAAUUUUUGAGAAAAAUUCUAAACCCACACAAAAUUGUGACUAGGCCACGCCCAACGAAAUCCUUGUGACCCCAGUUGAGAACAAACAUUUUCCGAAAAUGUCUAAACCACGACCCCAACCAAAAUUGCCUCCACUAAGACAGCCAAAACUGUGACAUCCCCAAUUUGCUCAUACCCUGUGAACAUUGAAAAUGUAUUUGUAUCCCUGUGUGAGUUGCCCUUCGGAAGGAAUACGAUUUUUGAGAAAAAUUUAAAACCCCAGCCCCGAAAGCACUUGUGAAUGCUCCUAGAAUAAGCGGUAAUCUUUCGUUUCGAAUUAUUUCGGAUAUCUCCCAGCAGUGUCUGGAAUUAUUUGAAAAAGAAUUCGAAAACCUCCUCGAAUAUCUGUGAAAUCCCCUUUCCUAGACUCCCAACCUCGACCCCUUUUAUCCCCCUUUGGUGACUUUUGGUGUGGGAUCUGCUUGAAAUACAAAACCCUGGGGAUCGGGAAUGGAGUCCCAAGUUGCAUGUGCUGCACUUUCUCCAGUAAUCACAAAUCGAACGCCUCCUUUUGGGCAUUUAGCAUUGCCGCCAUUUUACAUACCAAAUAAUACACGUUAAUUAAACGACAAUUUUUUCAGAACGCAUGAAGGGACAAACUGAGUGAUAGUAAAUUUUUUUUGUACACAAAACCUACGAUAACGAGACGUCUUCGUUAUUCCUACUUAUAUAGAGCUACCGUUAAGUUUAUAAGUACAUACCCUAUACCAUAUACCCUAUACCGUAUAAAACGUACACCUAACUAACCUAAAUUGAUAGAAACUACACUUUUUGGCAUUUACUUGAGAGGAUUAUAUAUAAGUUUGGCACAGUUAUAUAUAAUUUUCGUCUAAAUUUAAGGUUUUAAUCUAGCAUACAUGUACGCGCAGGAGGAAAGAGAGGAAGUGAACUUAUUUAUAGGCAAGCCCCACACAAAACAUGACACACGACACACAGAUACAGAUACAGCAUAUAGUUAUAUAGAUAUUUAAUUGGAGUAACCCCUAGCCCUACGCUAAACUACACUACAAAUUAUAUUGGUAUAAGUUCUACGCAAGCUAAGCUGCCUUGCACCAAAGGCAGUGGCACCCGCACCACCAACUACUUCGUAAGUCAGCCCGUGUUUUAGUUUGAUUCAGUGUUUGUUUUAGUUAAAUGUGCUAGGACGGCGCCUCGAUCGCGUGUCCAGUCGAGAGAUGAAACCACAAACUUAUGCCCACCUCAGCCACCAAGAAAGGAUAGAACGAAUAUAGAGAGCCCCAAACAUUAAUAGUCAGACUUCCGAUCACAACUAACUCUAAUGAAUCGCAACCACUAGACGGCGAAUGAAUAACGUAGUAGGAGUCUUGAGUCUUUAAGUCUUUAAUGAGGAAGAGAAGGCGAUUGAGCGAGAGUAAAACACAUUAAAAUGUAAUUUAUAUUACCUCCUUAGCAAAAAUCAAUAACAAAUAACGAGUAACAAUUAACAAAUAACAAAUAACAAUGUUUUCUUAAUGCAUAUAAGCAAACUAUGAUAAAUCAAGGCAAAGUAAAACAAAAUAUGUACGUUUAAAUCAAAUAAUCAAUUCAUAAACAAUUAAAAGCAGUUUUUGUUUAGUUCAUAAUUUGUACUCAAAAAAAAAACCAGCACUUUUCAUAUUUUAUGUUACACAAAUGAAAUAUUUGCGCGCCUUCCCCUUUUGAAUCUUUUCGCGAUCUUCAGUUACUGAAACAUGCCAAAUCCCGAGUGUAGAGCCCAGCAGAAGCAGCAGCAAAAUGUUUAAACUUUAACCGAAAUUCUUAAAAACCAAUUUUUGAUGGCUCCCUCCGAGCUUUCUCAGAUCAUCUGAUGACGAAAUGUACAAAUUGGUGAAGUUUAGGCACUUUCAACCGCAGUCCUCCUCCGAUUUCCCAAGGUCAAGGCAAUAUAGCGCAGCAGAUAUUUCCGGAACUACACUUCCCAGAGUAAUCCCCCCACUUUGUAAUCCCCCGCCCCAACCACCAAAUUUAUUGAUUGAUUUUUUUUCCAUCCGAAUGUAAUUUUUGUUUAAAUAAAUAUACACACUUAGCACACUUUUGUUUAUGCCUAAUUCGUAAUGUGUAAUAUAUGUAUACUUUGUACCUUUUUAUGUUAUACACAAGUCCCCAUGAGCCCCAUCCCCCCAAGGAAUCCACCCCUCGCCCAGUGUUUAAUCCCCUCCCCUCACCCCUACGCUCCUCCUCUCCUACACAUUUUGGCAAUUCAACUUGAAUGUCUACUUUUAAUGUAAUUUAGUUGAAUAUUUUAGUUGAUUUUUAUUAUUAUUAUUCGUACUCCGUAUGGAAACUAAAUAAAUUUAAUUGUAUUUGAAUAAAAGAAACGAAACGAAAAAAGGAAUAAAAUUACAUUACUUUCUGCUAUUAUUAUUACUACGAUUAAUAUUGAAUUUUUGUUGAAUUUUCAAAUGAUUAAAUGAAAUAUUUUUAAUAAUUUGCAUUUCGUUUUAUUUUGUCCCCCUUUCGUUUGUUUGGUACCCAUUAUUUUCGGUUGCAACUGCAUUGAUAAAGCCCAUAAGUGGAUAUAACUAAGUGCCGGACGACAGAACUGCCGACUAGAAGGAGCAGAAACCUUUACCGAAAUGUAUUGCUUAGCAUCUGGUAGGAAACUACCCAACGAUCCAGCUUCCCGAUCCAGUUUCCUCCGAUCGCGACUUAGUUUAGCAGCUACCUCAGUUUAGUCACAUCGAUAGAGUCUUAAUUAAACCACACAGUACAUAGUUUACUCGACGUAGGAACAUGUUAAUCGCAGCUUUUAAACGGAUAGCUUAGAACACCCAGGGUUGCAUGGGAAGAAUGCAACGGUUUAUUUAGAGACGACCCCGCUCCAGUUUCCCGAGUUUGGAUUUAUACCCUUCCUUUCCGUUGUUCUUUAGCUAACUUGCUUACUGAGUUACCUGCGUCCCCUGAUGCACUAAAUCAAUUUCUUAGUUGAAUUUUGAGUUGAAAGCGCAGAAAGCUGAGAUGAGAAGAUGAAUGAUGGUCAAUGUUGUAGUCGAAUUUUUGUUCACGUUUGUUCUCGUUGAGUUGAAGAUUUCAUGCCAAAGUACAAACCUUAAAUCAAUUCUUCGUAAUUCCUAUUACCUAUCGUAAUGCCUACCUACCCCUAACCCUACCCGAGGUCCCCACUUUCUUUGAAGUUAUACCAACCUGAGUUCGCUUGAGGUCGUCUGCCUCACAUCCCAAUUGGGCUGCACUUGUUUAGCGUCUAAGUGUAUUUUAUAUAUAUGCUAGCCAUAUACACAUGGUGGUCAAGAAGAUACAUAUACGCAGGAAUACGAUCCCCGAGGAAACUUUAGUUGCAUUUUUGGCAUUUUGCACAGGUUUUGCUAGAAACGAAUUUGGUUUACUUACUAUAAUUCGUGUCCGUAUUGCUAUUGGCAUUGUAUUUGAAUAUUGUAUUGGAAUUAUCCCUAGGGUUACGUAGCAUUUAAGCAGCAGCGAGUGCGAGCAGCAUAACGAACCGAUGUGUGACGAACCGCUGGUUAAGUGGACCAACAGUCGGUCGAUCAGAUCUUUGGGUCCCCAGAGAUCCGCUAUUACUAGGCGGGGGUCCCUCUCACUGGUGACCCACCGCAAACUGGAGUGUUGAGCAAGCAAUACGAGCGAAGGCCCCCAAUGGCAGCCAAUCUGCGGAAACUGCAAAAGCCCCAACUCGCCGCCUCUGGGCUUUUUGAUUUAGCUAAUAGGUUAUGUAGGAAACACUAACACCAUACCACAUCCACUACACUAGACACCACACUAUAUCUACUUACGUACAUAUAUAUUAUACAUCUUUUUUGAGGCGCACCAGUGCUGAUGUGGAGUAUGAAUUGUCGAACAAUCGUUGCCAUUUAUUUCGCUAUAAGUCACCAGUCCAAGUCGUGUCUAUGUGUUGUACUUAGGUUUUAGCAGUGCCCACGGUUCGUUUUUAACUUAUAAUCCUCGAUGUUGUGUUUUGUUCUCUGUAGGAUCAUGUAUUAUUACCUAGACUAGCACUAAAGCAUAGCCUAAGCUUCAUGAGCAUAUAGCAUGUAGCAUAUAGCAUAUGUAUAUGUAUGUAUAUGAGUAUUUAAUGGGUAUAGGGAUAAAGGUUAAGAUAAGGAUACAGAUAGAGAUAGAAGGCGAAACCGAAGGACUGAUCCUGUGCGCGUGUGUGUCGAUAUUUGAAAUGUGAUCCAAGACUGACUGACUGAAACAAACUCCAAGCAAGGCAAGAUGAAUAACGAUAAAGCAUAAGUACUAUAUAGAACAUCCAGGCAAUUCAGGUAUGCGAACUAAUCAAGAAUUCAAGGACUUCCAGCGAACACAGAGACUAACUACGAAGCAACAAAAGCAAACAGAACUUUCUACCUCAUUGUUGAAACGUUUGUAGCCGAGUGUGUGGCUCUUUAGCACCCGACAAUACCUCAGAUGCAGAACCAAAAAAGAUUGAAGAUUUGAAGAUUGAAAUGGGAAAAGAAAGGAGAAGAUAGGAGAGAAGGAUUUAGAAGCAGAGAUGAAGGACUUUCAGUGUAAAUUUAAUACGUAUUACGGUGUAGUAACCAUCAUCUCCAUCUCCAUGUCAUAUACGAUAUAUGUAUCUCAUCGCCAGUCACGUCAGUCAUCACACACACAUACAGAGACAAACGCCACACACACACACACUGCCACAGUCUCAGGACCCCCUCGUAUCAUCGCAUUCCAUUAUCUUAGGGAUAUAGUCACACAGUCACGCGUAAGAAGACAACACCAAGGCAAAUCAAAUCAUUCCAAUCGAAUCAUUCGAAACGAAUCAUUUAGGCUAAGCGAAAGGACGAAGCAGGACAGCCACAAAAUAGUUGAUAAGCACUACAAUUGGCAUCAUUAACAAUCUUAACAAUCAUUUUGCAACACGCUUUUGUUUGGAUUCGUAUUUGCACUUGCAUUUGCAUUUGGAUUCACUUGAUUUCCGAUUGAAAAGAGCUCCCCGAUAUGUGAUAUUUAAUUGGUAAUUGCAAAAUUGAAUUUGAAAUCGAUAGGGAAGAGAUGAGAUCGCGACGGAAACUCAACAUCUGUGAGCAUUGGCUUAGCACUUAAGUUCGAAAGAGAUUAAGGAUUAUAUAUACGUGUACUUAGAUUCGUAAAUUCGGAUUUGGAUUCGGAACACCAACUGUGAGCGCAUUAAAGAUGAACGAGAUCUGAAAUCAAAUGAACUUUAAGGAAAUCAUAUGUGGUAUAUUUUUUGGCUUGAAAUUUGUAAAAUUCGCAUAGGAAUCGAAUUCGAUCGUCUAUUUUGGAUAUUGUACGAGUACUUCGGUAAGCUUAGGUUUAGUUCUUCCACAAAAUUGAAAAAAACAAAAACGAAAAGAAAACAAAAAAAUAUACUCACAUCUGCUAGGAAACGAAACAAUCAUGCACUUUUCGAUAACUCAUAACUGUGACGAAAUUUACACGCAAUCCAGCAUUCGAGACAAGAUUACCCUAAGUUAAUCAAAAUUGACAAGAAACAUUUUUGUGGCUGCCUCGAAUAAAAGUACAGUAAUCACUCGCUAAGUAGACCGCUUCGGGUCCCCUAAGGACCCCCAGGCAUAGAAAUCUAAGCUCUAGGCUAAGCACGCUUCCCAACUAACCGCCAUUGUCCUAGAAAAGGACAAUGGGGUACCAAUAUAUACUCACUCUCUUAACACACUCACACACACGAAUACAAAUUAAUGGAAUAAUUACCUCAGAUUAGAAUUUUUCUAGUUUAAUUCUUACAAAUAUACAUAUAAAUGUUAAAUGACGAAAAACCAAAUGCAAACUAACGAAAAUAUUAUGAAAAUCACUUAUACACUCCACAAAAACAAAAAACGAAAGAGCAAAACGAAACGAGCAUUUUUUUAAUGGCGAGUUAUGAGAAAUUUUAAUAGUAAAAUUCAAGAGCAAUUUAUUAUACAAAGGCAAAGGAAAUAACAAAUAAUUACCUAAGCAAAUACCAUACAUACAUCAAAAUGCAUGCAAUCUCAACUAAACUAAACCAAAAAUCAAGUAAACUAAACUAAAGUAAAUUAAUGCGAACUUUUAAUGUUUCCCCGAUUAAAUAUUAUAGAGCAUACACAUAUAUAAAUUACUCAUUAACAUAUAGACCAAGAACGCUGCCAAAAAAGAAUAUCAAAGCUGCCACUCCCGCAACUCCCAAAAAAUAUUGAAAACCCAGCUCAAAAAAAAAAAAAUCCGCUAAAACGAGAGGAGUAC